ACACACACACACACACACACACACACACCCUGACUCCCUCCCGUCUCACCUACUAUGUGCUGUCUGCUCUGAGAUACAAAGAAGAGCAGCUUGUGUGAGACGUUUACCCCCGUCACAGAGACGAUGGAGCUGUGGAUACUUCUUCUCCUGCACUUCCACCUUGGCAAUGCUCCUUGGAUUGAAGGUGGGGAGGAGGCAGAGCGUUUAAACCUUACAAUACUUGUGCCCCCGUCCCUGCCCUCGCCCUCCAACGUCCUCAUCUCCUCCUUCAACAUGGAGCACACGCUCAGCUUCCUGCCGGGAGCCCUGACCCCCUCCGACGCCCACUUCACCGUCCAAAUCCUGCGAUCCAGGAAGAACCUGUGGAGGACCGUGGGCGUCUGCGCGGAGCUGAAGGCCGGACAGACGUGUAACCUGACCAAAGCGCUCAAGGACCCGUAUGACGACUACAAAGCGCGCGUCCAGGCUGUCGCCCUCAACCGGACGUCCAACUGGACUGUGUCUGGGUGGUUCCAGCCUCUGACAGACACUGUGCUGGGACCGCCGGCCUUCUCUGUGUCGGGCUGUGGGAACUGUUUGAUGCUGCAGCUCAGAGCUCCCACACAGACGGUGCUCCCCAAGCUGCAGCUGCAGGACCUCUACGGAGACGUCGUCUUCCACGUGCGAAGAACCAGGGAUGAUUCACAGUUCAGACUGCAUCAGCCCUACAAGGAGGAGAUCGUGAUCCCGCACCUUCAGCCAGGCGUGGAGUACUGCGUGACCGUCACAGUCACAUCAUUCACCACUACCCAUACUGUCUCCAGUAAACCUCAAUGUGCUUUCACCAGCCCUCCCCCUCCAAGACACUCACUGUACAUUAUCUCCAGCCUGCUGGGGGCAUUUUGUGCGGUGGCCUUCAUCCUUGUGGGACUGGUCAUGUACGGCAGUCGGCUGAGCUUCAAAUUACUCAAAUAUUGCCUGCCCAAAUCUCUGUUGUACGUCUUCUUCCAAGGCCAACACCGCAGUGGUGCGCUCCCUGACCUCUCAAGGUGUGUCUCAGCCUCACAACCACAUGACAGAGGCUCCAGCGGCCGCCUGAGGAACACCUCAAAGGGACUGGACUGCCGCUAGAGACCACAAAAGCUUGUUUUGCUGGACCUGACUCGGCUGACUGGUCGAGUUUGCUGUCUGUAAAACAGCUUUUUCAACUCAGGGAACGGUUUUGUCAAAAGUUGGAAGAGAAACUGGAAAUCCCCAAGUCAUGAGAAUAAACUGCAUAAGUGCUUUUUACUGUGGUUAUUACUGUAUGUGUGGACUUAUUGGUCCACUUUCUUUCUAUCCCUCUUGUUUUACCUCCUUAAAAUGUGUUACAGUGAAUACUUCUGUUUUUUUGUUUGUUUUUUUUGUUGCAUAGCUCUAGUGCAGUAAACCCUGCUUUAUUGAGAACCCUUGCACUAACCCGAACACAAACACCAGCGUCUGUGUGUCAAACUUUUCCGGUAACUGUUGAUGUAAAUAGAGUUCUUUCAUGAUUAUUUUCCAAUAAAGAAAACUGAAAUGACUGAA